AUGUAUGUUAACAUUGUGGAUGAACAAAGUCCCACUUUGCUGAAAUGCGGCCGAGAGAAAAUGUCGACGACGGCCGCUGCGCGAAAGAUGUUUUUGUCGUCGUCGGCGUUUUUGUUGGUGUGGUUGUUUUUGGUCGUGUCGACGACGACGUCGGUGACGGCGGGAGAAAUCGUCGUCGGGAAUGACACUGUUUCUGCUGCCGGGAAUAAGAACGAGUCUGAUGAACGUCGUGUUAUCAUUGUUGCAGCUGAAACGAAACCGGAAGAAGAUGAGAAACUUCGAAAGCCUGACCAAGACACAGCGGAACGGAUUGUUGUUCGACUGGGGAAUAAAACUGUAAGUACGACGACGUCGAGGACCAGCAGCUCAUUAUCGGGGACGACUUUGUGGAAGCCCCCAGCACCGGUUUAUGUAGUAAACGCCUCUGCGAUGGAACCUGAGACUUCAGCGACACCUAGCGCAAUCGUGAGCAAGUUUGAUGGAACGAGUCAAACGCGGCCGCCAGGUGUCAUUACGCAUCACAAAACAUUCUCCUUCAAGGUAAACAAGGCUGUGCACAAUUCCAACAGAACUCGGGUCUUUGGAAAAAGGAAAAAAGCUGAAGAUACUAGUGAAACCAUCAUUCCUUCAACUCCAAAACUCAAGACAACACGGACAACAACAACAAUAACAUCAACCUCAAGUACGACCACUACUACACCCACUCCAAUAACUCAAAAAAUUUCAUCUGAAGAGGAAGCAGAUGCAGAAUUGCAAAGAAAGAUUGCAGAACAAGUGGGAAAACUGUACGAGGAAGAGCUGGCAAAACAACACGGUACAGACGAGAAUUUUAUCCCGGAUGACAGCGACACCUUCACGCGCGUCAGCAAAGCUGUCACGAAAAACACUGCUCUGGUCUCCCAGAGGGCAAAAAUACUGAGGAGCGGCAAAAGCCUCAAACUUGCUCAAAAACCCAAGAUGCAUUCCAAUAAUCUUCACUUGAAUAAGACAUCAUCAACAACAAAAACAACCAAUGGCUUGCCAAAGCAGGAGCAGCAAAAACGCGACAAACGUGUUCACAACAGUAUCAUCAGACCUAGAGGUCACUACGUUCAGGGAGACACCAAGCCUCAGAGAACUAUCAUCACUACUAAAACAAACACUAUCCCUACAACACCCCUUCCACCCAGGAGAAAAGAGCCCAGCAGUGUCAUCUCUGUAAAAAAUGCCAUUGAUGAGGAUAAAAAUCGUGGGAGGAAGUGUCUGAAGAUCAAAGAUGGCAAGGUGGUUUGCAAGGUCCUCAGGAUGCGUCACCAGAGCAUAGACAAACAGCAAGAAAAGCCUUUGGUUGAUGAGAAGCAGAAUGAAGAGGAAGAAGAUAAGCAAAUUGUGGAUGAGUGGAAGCUGCCAGUGCCUGUGUUGCUACCACCAACCACUCACCAUCCUCCUCUGGUACUCAGACCAACAGUUACCAGAGUUCCAAAAACAAGGCCACCAAUUCAGUAUGAUGCUGACUGGCAAGUGCCUUCUGUGCCACAGCAGAGACCUCCAUUCCAACAUCAUAAACGCCCUCCAUCUUCUUAUCAAUCUUCUUCUCCUCCACCACCACUACUUCCACCACCACCACCACCACAAACAUCACCAGUGACACCAUCAAGACCUCUGCUUCCACCUAUAACUCAAUAUCAGCAACCUCAACUUCCUCCUCCUCCUCAGAGGACACCAAACUUCAGAAUAAUACCUGUUCAGCUACCACCACUGCAAACUAUGCUCCAUCCUCCUCCCCCACCUCAUCCACAUCCUCCAUCUCCUCAUCCACAUCCUCCAUCUUCUCAUCCACAUCCUCCAUCUCCUCAUCAACAUCCUCCAUCUUCUCAUCCACAUCCUCCAUCUCCUCAUCCACAUCCUCCAUCUCCUCAUCCACAUCCUCUUCCUCCACCUCAUCCACAUCCUGCUUCUCAUCAUCCACAUCCUCCUCCACCACGUCCACAUCCUUCAUCUCCUCAUCCGCAUCCUCCUCCACUACCUUCUCAGUAUCCAUCACCAGCUAUCCACCAUCAAGGGAGACCAUCUGCUCAUCAACCACCUUCUCAGAUUCUGCGCCCUCCCCCAUCACCAUGGACAUCAGAUAAUGAAUGGCAUCCUAUGGUGGUGACACCAGUCAGGAACUUUUUGCAAAAGCCUAUAGCUGAUGGAUCCCAUCCAGCUGCACCAGUUUUUCCAGUGCCAAAGCAAUCAAAGGUCACCUACCAUAAGCAGCAUCCUCAAGAGUAUAAGUUGCAGUUUCAGAAUCAAAACCUGCAUCUGCCCCAACAACUAUUCCAGAACGUACAAAAACAUGCGCAGAAAGAAAACACCAGAGAUGUUUUUGGAACAAAAUUCCAUCUUCAACCAUUAUCUCAGAAUACCAUCAGGGAACCAGAGCAUGAACACCAAAUCCCUCAGCAUGGUCAACAGUAUCCCCAUGAGUUGCCAAAACAUCAUUUCCAUCAACAGCAGCAAUCAAAUGACAAUCUUCAUCAUGAAAGACCACAGUUUGCUGAGGAACCAUUGAGGAAUUCAUUUCAACAUCAUGCACCCCAGCAUGUGAGAAACCAGGGUCCACCACCAAGACCACCAUUGGAGACCAACAAACUUCACCAACAUCCACAAGAAGGUUCAAGACAGCGUCCAGAGCUGAGCAUCAGCUAUGUUGAGCCACUUCAGGUAGUCCUUGCUCCAACCCCUGACUAUCACCUUCAGGAGAACACACUUGAUGAAAAGAACCCAGUGGACUCACCUUUUUCUAAACCAUACUUUCAACCAGAGUUGACCCAGGCAGGGGUAGACUGGUCACAUCAAAAUGCCCCCUCAAAAACAGCAGUGAAAUUCACUGUUGGUGAUGCCAAACAGCAUCCUCUUUCAAAUCCAGGAAGAUACUUGGUUGAAGCAAAGCAACAACCUCUGUCAAAUUCCCACCAACAGUCAUCCAAACGUCCCUUUCCAAGUUCAAAUUUCAGACAAGUGGACCAGUCUCCUGUUCAAGUAGUGAACCAUCAAACUGAAGACACUGUGGUUGUGCAUCACCAAAAAGGCAAAGUCUAUGAAGAAACCAGAAACAAUCAUGUGGAAUCAUACCCCCAACCAACACCCACAACUAUUGCACCAUACAUCAGCAGACCAACUACCAAUCCAUAUGUGAGCAAGUAUCAACAGAACAUACAGAAUAACUACAAUGCAAACCAGAAUGAACCUUUGAGAGGAACUUCAGGACAGUUAAGGAGACCAAACUUGGAUUACACUGAUUAUGGUGAAACCAGCAGCAGUGAUACCAAAGACUCCCUGAAGGUCUCAUUGCUGACCUCAGGAGAAGUGUUUCUUGGCAUUCCGGGAAGGGCUGGUGUGGACUAUCCCAUAAAUGAAUAUUUUCCUGAAACUGGAUUCAGUUGCCCAGCUAGAGAUCAAUAUCUCAGAACAGGGCCAGGAGAUGAAUACUCUGAGACUAGUGGUUUCAGUUACCAUGCAGAUCCUUCCACAGGCUGCCAGGGCUUUCAUCUGUGCUUCCAUGAUGGUUCUUCGCCAGCUGGGUUCUCUUUCCUCUGCCCCAAUGGCACAGUGUUCAAUGACAAGUACCUGGUCUGUGACUGGUGGUACAAUGUCAGAUGUCAACCUCAACAACAACAACAACAACAACCUUCAGUCUACCAUCCAUUCAGUGCAUGA